UAUUAUUUUCUCUCUCCUUCUCAAUAGUUCCAACCCACAUGAGCCUUGUCCAUCACACCCAGAUAAAUAUGGAGGCUUAUUCUUCUUACAAUGGAAACUAUGCAAACCAAAUCUCACUUUCCAUAUCAUUGUCCAAAAUGAAAACCCUUCACCUAUCAUCAUCAAUUUCUUUCAAACCACUUUUUUUCUCUUCUAGGUUCACUAUAGUCCUUAACUAGUAAGUAGUUCAUUUCCUCUAAAAAAUUAAUAUCCGUGUAAAAAGGUGUUUUUAGGAAGCUACUUCACUAUAACCCAUAAGAACAUAGCUAUAUACCUCUUGUUCUUUUUUUGUUGUGAAACAAGAAACUAGGGUUUUUCUCCAUUUGAGUCAAUCUUCAAAUGUUUCCUUCAACUUAUUGCUCUUUAGGUCCUUACCCUUGUUAUAAUCCUAAUUCAUCUUCUUCUUCACACUCAUACCCUCCUUUUACUUUUCUUACCCCUGAUCAAAAUGCUUCUUCUAAUACCAACAACAACAAUAACAACAACAACACCAACAACAUCAACAACUUUCUUCAUGAUCCUACUAUUUCUGUUCCCUACACACAAACAACUCAUAAUCAUGUUCCAAUUAAUCCUGAUACACUAACAAAUUGGGCUGUUGCUGACUAUGCAGCUAUGUUGAAACAAGAUCUAAGUGGUUCUUCUCAUUAUAAUCUCUCAAAUUUGCUCACAAAGAAACCGGUGAAGAAACCGGCUAAGAAAGACAGGCAUAGCAAGAUUCACACAUCUCAAGGGUUGAGAGACAGAAGGGUGAGACUUUCCAUCGAGAUCGCGAGGAAGUUCUUCGAUCUUCAAGACAUGUUAGGGUUUGACAAAGCAAGCAACACACUUGAAUGGCUCUUCAAUAAAUCAAAAGAAGCAAUUGAAGAGUUAACUAGAAGCAAGAACAACAUAGCUUCUGGCGAUGACGACGAUGGUGAUCAUAGCUUCUCUUCUUCGUCUUCUGAUGAAGGAGACGAAGAAGAUUAUACUAAAGAUAGAAAGAUGAAAAGGGCACAGAAAGAAUCUUCGAAGACGAAGGAUUCUAGGGAGAAAGCAAGAGCAAGAGCUAGGGAAAGAGCAAGUGAGAUGAAGAUGCAAGAAGAUUUGAAAGAAAAAUAUCCUGAAAUUGAUCAAAAUCAACAAAUCCUUCAUCAAUUGAUGCCUAAUGAAGAUGAAACUUCAAAAUCACUUCAAAGAGAUGAUAUCUUUAACUUCAUUGAGGAAUCUAUUGUGAUUAAGAGAAAGUUGAAGAAAUCUUCUUCUCAUCAUUAUCAACAAAACACUAAUUUGAUCCCUAAGGAAGCUAGUUUUGAUCAUGACUCUCCAAUGUUAUCACCAAAUUGGGAUGCUAAUAAUAAUAACAAUGAUGCUGCCACUGGAAGAUCCAACUUUUCUGCAAUAUCAAGAAUGAAUCUAUCAUCAGGGCUUCAAAUCUUUGGAAAAUCAUGGGAGGAUUGCAAUACCAGUCCAAAUCGAUAUUAGCUGAUAUUUUUCAGCAUAUUCUGAGAUCAUAAGAAUGAAUUAUUCUAAAAGUGCUUUUACAAAGAAUCGUUUUCAUAUGGAGACAUUUCAUUUUCUGUUCUAUUUUUCCCUUUAGACAAUGUCUGUAUUCUGUACUAAAUUUUUUUUGUUUUUGCUUUUGUUUUUGUUUUGCUCAAAGAUCUGCCAAGGGCAUGUGACAGUUUGGCUUCAAAGGAUUUAUAUGCUGCGUGUAUUAUUUCUAGCCAAUAUUUAAAGUGUGGUUGAUGUUAUAUUAUAUAAA